UCCAUCAUGAAAUAUAAUUUCAUAUUAUACUUAUUAGGUAUUGUAGAUGUUGAUAUUUUCUAAUAUAAAGUUGUUAUAACUUUGCAAAGUUUGACCUCAGACAAAUCCAAUACAUGAAGUAAAACGAUACAAAGGGAAUAUUACAUGUGUAUACAUGGCCACAAGAAAUGCCAUGAUUCAAGAGUAAAAAAUGGCAGUUGACCUGGCAUCCAAAAUUUGGCAGCUGUAAGAGCACUCUAGCAGACUCCUUAAAACCGGUAAAACCCUUAUAAUUUUUAGAUUUUUAAGAGUUUGGUCGUAAAAAGUGUCCAAAACAGAAACUGUAAAAGCUGCCCGACCCUUAAAUAUUCUAAAGGCCACCAUAAACCCACACCUGAGACCAAUAUAUUUGAAGGCUUGAAGGCCAAACUGAGGGUGACCCUUGUAUCGGUCAAACCUCAUCGGGAAGGACGCACCGCCGCAAUUUCAUCGCAUACCUCACCAGAAUCGUCCGCUGCCCACUAGAAUUGGCCACCGCCCGCUAGAAUCGGGCACCGCCGGUUCGAAUUGGAGCCGGAGAAGGGUGGGGCGAGGUGGCCGAGAUGAGCGCGGAUGUGGCCGGCCGCCGGCGAGGGCGUUCGAGGGAUGACGGGGAACGAGCAAGGGAGGCGGAGGAGGACGACAGGAAAGGAGAGGAAUAUUUGUUUUUACAGUGCCGUUUACAGGGUCUGUUCCGGGAGGUAAAGCCGACUCUUAAAACACGUUUUUUGCGACCCUUAUAACGGUUCUAAGGGUCUGCUAGAGAUGCUCUAGGGAUCUUAAAAGAUGAAAAUAAAAUUAAAAAUAGUAGUAUACGGCGCAUGAAACCCUAAAUUUUUUUAUCUCAAAAUAUGAAAAAGUAGUAUGCGGGAGAGGCUGAAAAGAUGGCGCAUGAAAUCCUAAAAUUUUGGAUCUCAAGACAUAGAAAUGAGAACUCUAAGGACUUUUCUGUAAAAUCAGUAGAACACGUGUGGGGUAAAAAGUAAAAAAGGGCUGAAAAGAUGGCGCGCGAAAUCCUAAAAUUUUGGAUUCAAGACAUAGAAAUGAGAACUUUGAGGACUUUUCUGUAAAUCAGUAGAACACGUGUGGGGUAAAAAGUAAAAACAUAGUGACAUCCUUAUGUGUGCAGAUCCUUGCUACGCUUUAUAAUUUUAUGUUAUCGGGUGUCCCGGAAGGGACAGCUGUUGAAGCAGCGCGGUACUUAUAAACAGGUCCUGCUCUAUCUGGCUAGCCGAUGUGGGACUAAAUGAACGAUCGUUUUGCUCCUGGGCAGUGCUCCUCGACGCCACCGUCGGGGCGGGGACGGGGUACUCGCAGGCGCGCUACUACACCUCGCUGGGGUUCUUCGUGCUGUCCGUGCCGGGGCUCUGGUUGCUCAUCAAGCGCUCCGUCAAGUCCAAGGGCUCUGGGAUGAGGCUUAACGGUUUGGAGCGAAACCUGAUGCCAGGAAUAGAAGACGCCUUGAUGAAGGAUUCGCCCAAGGCUUCCUCCUUGGAGGUGGAAAAACCUUCCCUUGGUGACAGCGAGGGGCCCACGCUUGCAGGGAAGAAAAGGAAGGAUGUUCCUGGGCGCGAGAAUGGCGGCGUGGCGAAGAGGGUGCUCAGGUCGGAGAGAUGCUGAGCCUGAGGGUGAAGCCGCCGCCGUGGAUGUUAGCGAGGGUGACAGUUUGGAGAAGGCUGACUGUGAGGCUACUGUGGGUGACAGUUUGGAGAAGACUGACUGUGAGGCAACUGCGGGUGACAGUCAGGAGAAGACCAACUGUGAGGCUGUUGCAGAGGAAGGCAGAAGCGGGGUGCAGGCAGUUGAUGCUUGUAAAGAUGAUGAGCAAAUGGAUGAUGCUCCAGUGAAAGUCAAUAAUGCUAUAGAAGUGUCAGCUAAGUGUUCUGAAAAUAAUGUGGAAAGUGCCGGCAUUGCUGAAGAGAACGGCUUGGAUAACCAAAAAAGCAAUUUUGAAUCUGAUGAUAAGAAAGAGAAGGCAUACGAGAAGAUUUACUCUGCAACUCAGGAGGAGGAGAAUGUGUCCUUCUACUUCAGCUCAGUCUUCCCAGCAAGUUAGUUUUUUCUCCAAACGAUAGACUCAGCUGGUUUCACUUGUGCAGAACCAUUCAUUAAGAAUCCCCUGGAAAGCAACAGGAGUAAAUUAAAGGUGCAGAGCUACCAAAUUAAUCUGACAA